CCAACCCUAAAAAUAAAGCAAUGGCUUGUCCUAUACUUUAGUUGGUUUCCACACUUUUUCUUAUUAUAUAUACGUCAUGUAAGAUCCUCCUAACCCUAGCCGUCACUCUCAAACCCUCUCCUCUCACGGUCUCAUCAUUCACCACCGCCGACCGCCACAUCCUACCCCCUCAGCCCCUCACCGCCAACGCUAAGAUCCUCCCCUCUCACUCUCGACGUCACCGCUCACUACAGCAGUGAGUCGUCGCCGUCUUCCAGUGUUCGCCAUCUUCGCCGGUCUUCGCGUCUGCGCCUCUUCUUCGUUUUCGCCAACAGCUGCUCUGCUCUCCGAGAUGGGUGAGGAGGUGAAAGCAAUUGUUCCCGAGUCUGUGCUUAAGAAGCAGAAAAGGGAGGAGGAAUGGGCCUUGAAGAAAAAGGAGGAGCUGAAUGCUGGAAAGAAGAAGAGAGCUGAGAGCCGCAAGCUCAUUUACAGCAGGGCAAAGCAAUAUGCAAAGGAAUACCAGGAGCAGGAAAAGGAGCUGAUCCAAUUGAAGCGGGAAGCAAAGCUGAAAGGUGGAUUCUAUGUUGAUCCAGAGGCUAAACUCCUGUUUAUCAUCCGCAUCCGUGGUAUCAAUGCCAUGGACCCCAAGUCAAGAAAGAUCUUGCAGUUGUUGAGGUUGAGACAGAUCUUUAAUGGUGUAUUCCUCAAGGUUAACAAAGCAACCAUGAAUAUGCUGCACAGGGUAGAGCCGUAUGUUACAUACGGGUAUCCCAAUCUGAAGAGUGUUAGAGAAUUAAUUUACAAGAGAGGCUAUGGAAAAGUUGAUAAGCAGAGAAUUGCUUUGACAGACAACGCCAUCAUUGAACAGACAUUGGGGAAGCACGGAAUUAUAUGCGUUGAAGAUCUGAUCCACGAGAUAAUGACAGUUGGUCCUCACUUCAGAGAAUCCAACAACUUCCUAUGGCCCUUCAAAUUGAAGGCUCCAUUGAGUGGUUUGAAGAAGAAAAAAAAUCAUUUUGUUGAAGGAGGUGACGCAGGUAACAGGGAAGCUUACAUAAAUGAGCUUAUUAGAAGGAUGAAUUAAUUUACUUUUUUGUUAUAUGGUCAUUAGUAUUAUAAAAUCAUUAAGGAUAAGAUGUUUUUUUCGUUCUUUUAGUUUUGGUUUGGAAAGAAUCUUUGUUAUUUUGACUAAUGCUUGAACCGAUGAGGAUGUUAUGAUUUUUACUUUAUUGUUCAAUUCUGAUUUUUGAUCA